GGCAGAGUAUGGACGUGUGGAUGAUUUAAAACGGUGUAAUAUUGAGUUUAAACAGGAGUCAAGAAAGCACAUUAUAGAAACGUGACAGGGGAACGCUUGUAUAACUUCUGAUUCUGACCAAUCAGAGGGCGCAGAUUGUCCUGCGUGUUCCUGUAGAUCUGUAGGUACACAGAGUACGGGUUACGCGGCGGACCACUUAACCACGAGUUAUUUUACAGUAACUACAAAUUGUUUGACGAGUUGGAGUGCUAAUUUGCCGAUUACUUAAUCUACUCGUUGAAACGAAGCGGACAUAUUCUUGCGGUCGUACUGUACUUGUUGUUACGAUAGCGUUAGCGGGAGCUUUAGCUAGUCCCGUGUGUUAAACUUUAGCCGUCUCUGCUGUCUUAAACGUCUUUAUAAUGAACUUGUUGUCGCAUAUUUUGUAACAAUUUAAUCGUUCCCGCUAAUCAGGGGGACGUCUGUGCUGUUUUUGAGCAUCCCCGGCGGUCGUCUGCUUUCACACAUGCUGCCCCCGCCGCUCAGGAGACUCAACUCUGUGGAUGAAUUCAUGGAGCAAGGUUAAGAGAAUAAUCGUUACCAGACAAUCUAAAGCUACUUCCGAAGACUUCUGUCUUCAAGGACAUCUUAUUAUUGUUGUUGGGGACACCCCCUCCCCCACUUUUCCACCUUCACUUGGGAUAUUAAAGACAGCAGGUGACAUGGUUGUCAACACCAUCCACUGGUUCAGGAAGGGACUGCGGCUGCACGACAACCCGUCUCUGAGGGACUCUAUGCGGGGAGCGGACACCCUGCGGUGCAUCUACAUCCUGGACCCCUGGUUCGCGGGAUCCUCCAAUGUGGGCAUCAACAGGUGGAGGUUUUUGUUGCAUUGUUUGGAGGAUUUGGACGCCAGCCUGCGUAAACUGAACUCCCGUCUGUUUGUCAUCAGAGGACAGCCCACCGACGUCUUCCCUCGUCUGUUUAAGGAGUGGAAGAUCAACCGUUUAUCUUAUGAAUAUGACUCUGAGCCGUUUGGGAAGGAGCGUGAUGCCACCAUUCAGAAGCUCGCCAGCGAAGCGAAGGUGGAGGUCAUGGUGCGGAUUUCACACACACUCUACGACCUGGCCAAGAUCAUUGAACUGAACGAUGGUCAGCCUCCUCUCACCUAUAAGCGCUUCCAGGCUCUCGUUAGCCGGAUGGAAGCCGUGGAGCACCCUGCAGAGACGAUCACACCGGAUGUGAUCAAAAACUGUGUCACGCCCAUCAGUGACGACCACGACCACAAGUUCGGUGUGCCGACCCUGGAAGAGUUGGGUUUUGACACGGAGGGCCUGAGCGAAGCCGUGUGGCCGGGUGGAGAAACAGAAGCCCUCAUCAGGCUGGAGAGACACCUGGAGAGGAAGGCGUGGGUGGCAAACUUCGAGAGUCCUCGUAUGAACGCUAACUCCCUGCUGGCCAGUCCCACGGGCCUCAGUCCGUACCUGCGCUUCGGAUGUCUCUCUUGUCGACUAUUCUACUCAAAACUCACCGACCUGUACAUAAAGGUGAAGGAGAACAACUCCCCGCCUCUCUCCCUGUACGGUCAGCUGCUGUUUAGGGAGUUCUUCUACACCUCCGCCACCAACAACCCCUGCUUUGACAAGAUGGAGGGAAACCCUGUGUGCGUGCAGGUCCCCUGGGACAGAAACCCGGAAGCUCUGGCCAAGUGGGCGGAGGGACAGACAGGCUUUCCCUGGAUAGAUGCCAUCAUGACCCAGUUGAGGCAGGAGGGCUGGGUCCAUCACUUGGCACGGCACGCUGUGGCCUGCUUCCUGACCAGGGGAGACCUGUGGAUCAGCUGGGAGGAAGGCAUGAAGGCGUUUGAGGAGCUGCUCAUAGACGCAGACUGGAGUGUAAACGCUGGUAGCUGGAUGUGGCUCUCCUGCAGCUCCUUCUUUCAGCAGUUUUUCAAAUGUUACUGCCCCGUGGGAUUUGGACGACGCACAGACCCCUCUGGGGACUACAUACGGCGUUAUUUGCCGGUACUAAGAGGCUUUCCAGCUGAAUACAUUUAUGAUCCGUGGAACGCCCCGGAGGAAGUGCAGAAGGCGGCCAAAUGUAUCAUCGGAGUUCAUUACCCGAAGCCCAUGGUGAACCACGCAGAGGCCAGCCGCAUCAACAUUGAGAGGAUGAGGCAGAUUUACCAGCAGCUCUCCAGCUACAGAGGACUAGGUCUCCUGGCUGCAGUUCCAUCUAAUCCUAGCAGCAACAUGAGAGGAGUCGGUGCAGGGAGCAGUCAGGCUCCAAGAGGGGCUUCUGAAAAUCCCCUCACCCAGGAGACAAUACCUCGGACAGAAAGAGGACAGAUGACACAGAAGCGGCGCUAUGAGGAGGCUCUCCCUGAAAGCUGCCGUAAAUAUUUGAAGCAGAGCAAAUGAUAUGAAAAAGACUUAAAGGAUCCGUCAGUGUGAACGGCAUCGGACAAUACUCUGCAGUGACUGUAACUCACCACGAUAAACUACAGAACAGGGGGUCCUGGAUCCAGCUGCAGCCUGAAUGACUCUCUCAUGCACAUGCUAUUUGUGAGCAGUUGAGGUUAUUAGAGAUCAGACGGUCAGCUGUUAAAACGUCUCCAGGUUAGAGGCAUGAAACAUCUCAGGAACAGAGGAGGGAACUGAGAGAAAACAUUGAAUCUGCAGAGAAAGGACCCUUAAACACUAGAGGGCUGCAUGACCAAGUGAGAUCAACAUGGAAGCGUGAGGAAGUUCGAGUUUCAGUGCCAUGAAGCGGACUCCUUACCUUAUCAGGACCGGGCUGUUCCGAGUUUCAGUUAAAAUUCAGCUGUAAAACGACAUCCUUACACCGAUUAUUUUCUGGGUUUUUCUCUCUGAGGGUUUAGAUUCUCAGGAAUAAAUGAACGCCAACAGAGCAUCAAGUAGUAAAAUCAAUAUUUACAAAUUCCCUCGAUACUUUUUUGCAGUUUUGCCCAAGAUGAUCCUGCAUUUUCAUAUGGGCUCACCUUGACUUCACAAGAAAAGUUUACUAGGGUGUUGGUGGAAGAAUUUCCAGGUGAAGUGGGAGUGAAGAACGUGUCUGUUUGUGUUCAGACAUGCAGCUCACUGAUCGUUUCAGGAGUUUAGUUCAAGCAUGAACGCACCAAUAAAAACUCUGCUGCCGUCAGACUCAGAGAGACGGCUGGCUAAAGAAGGCGUGUGUGCAAAAGAAGCUUCAAAUGCCUCUCUGAAUGACGCCUUUCGUCCCCGAGUUAACAGGCCGUUGAUUGGUUAACUCCUUGAUACCUGUUACUCCUAACUGGAGCUUCAGGUUUGGUCAAGCUAGCUCAUCCACUCAAAGAAAGUCACUUUACAUUUAACUUGCUUCAUAGUGCAGCCCUCUGGGUACAAAACAAGCAAAAACAAUCAAGUCUUCACAUCGGGGUAUCGUGAGGCCGCCUUCUGUCUUCCACUGUAGAAAGUAACACAAGUGCUAAUCUAUGUUCCCCAUCCGCUGAGUCAGGAAGUCAUCGAGGGAGUGUUUGGAACCAGGAGGCAAACACACUUUUUUAUUCCCCUCAGGUAUUCACGCAGCUGAAUGUUUCUUUAGCCAUCGGUUGUCUUUGAAGAUUAAAUGAACGUAGUGUUUAAUCCUGACAGCUGUGGCCAUCAGGCAAUCAGGGGCAGAUCUGUCGUGUACGGCCGACAUGUUAACCCCGCUGUCUGCACAAUCACCUGCAUAGAACACCCAAAUGAAAUCCUGUUCCUCGUAAACAAGCCCCUUAUAUUCCUGUCUGAAGUCCGUCUGUCAUGAUUGUUUGUUGAUAAAGAAAACCUUACAGAUGAUACAGAUUUGUACAUAUUUAUUGUUUUUUGAUUCCCUCAGUUUGUAUAUAUUUGCUCACAGGGUUUCGCAGCUCUUGAUUUUGUAAAGCACAUGUAACCAAAAGUCAAAGAUGAACUGUGAAUGCACCUUGUUUUUCUUUUCGUCUCCGUCUGAUCGUCGAUCUGUUAUUUUUGUACAAACGAUGACCAAUUCUUACGGUUUAAAAUGGAAAUAAAACAGAAUUAUUGUUUUAA